GCCGGCAAGCGCGCCCUGACCCGGGCCAUCCAAGACGAGGGGCGCUAGGACCCGGGGGCCACCUCGCGCCCAGCCGCACCGCAUUAUAAAUACAUCUCCAAAAUGCGGCGAAGCUCCUUUUCCCCGCCGCGCCGCCGCCGCCUCCUGCCGCAUCGCCUCCAUCCCCAGCAUCCUCCUCUUCCUCCUCCUCUUCCCUGCGCCUCGCAGAGAGGCUUCCACCACCCUUCCCUUUCUCUCCCUCCGCUCCGUUUCCAGCCUCUUUCCCCUCCCCUCCCCUUCUUCCCCUCGUCCCGUUUGCAUGCAUUAUCUGUCUCCCAAAAUGGUUUGCGAGACCAAGAUCGUGGCGGAGGACCAUGAGUCGAUCUCCGGGGCCAAGAAGGAGAGCGUGCUGCUGUCCUCGGCGCAGAUGUGGCCCUCCUUCGGGGGCGCGCCGCCCGCCCCGGACCCCCAGGAGGGCGAGGGCGAGGCCUGCGGAGGCUUCAUCCGGGAGUUCCACCCCUCGGAGCAGGAGGCGGCGCGGCGCAUCUUCCGCGAGGGCAUCCUCGAGCGCAUCCCCAACACGGCCUUCCGCGGGCUCAAGGACCAGCCCUGGACGCAGCUGCUCUACGGCACAAUGGCGGUAAUGUGCUUUGUUGUGACCAAGUCCUUGCUGCUGACCUGCUGUUUGCCCAUCUUUCUAAUGGGUAUGAGGUACUACUUCAGUAGAAAAGUUAUCCUCAGCUAUCUCAAGUGUGCACUGAAUACGGACAUGUCUGAUAUUGAGCAAUAUUACAUGAAAUCACCAGGUUCCUGUUUCUGGGUCGCAGUGUUAAAUGGCAACGUGGUGGGCAUUGUAGCUGCGAGAGGCAACGAGGACGAUAACACGGUGGAGCUGCGCCGCAUGUCUGUUGACUCCAGAUACCGUGGAAAAGGCAUUGCCAAGGCGCUUGGUCGCAAAGUGUUGGAGUUUGCAAUGGUCAAUAACUAUUCAUCUGUUGUCUUAGGAACUACAGCUGUGAAGGUGGCAGCCCACAAAUUGUAUGAGUCUUUAGGAUUCAAGCAUGUGGGUGUCGUUGAACACUACUCUCUGCCUGGGAUGACACAUUCUUUUCUAGAGCAAAUGUUUUUCCAGCUUCGCUACCACCGCUAUUGCCUGCAGCUGCGUGAAGAAUAAAAAAAGCCCCACAUUAAGUUUGUUCCUCCCCAAAAUCUCCUUUGCCAGUGUUUUGUGGGAGUUUUUGGUCAUUGUUUGUUUGCCAAUUAUUUCAUUUAAAUUCCAUAGACAUACUUGUUCAUUUGCUUUGUACAGGUUGCUUGUACAAACAAAAGGGUCCUUCCUUUCUGACAUGCUUGUAGAAUGACGGUGCUAAUGCUGGAGGUACUGCUGGGCUGGCUGUCCUUGAUGCAUACAUUUGUUCAGUGGCCAAGGAGGUCAUGACGGACUCCAACUUCUCUCCUUCCCCACUCUUACCCAGGUUACCUACUAAGCACAGAAACUUUAACUCCAUAACAAUACUGCUUGUCUGGUGUAAAUAGUUUCCCCCUCCCCGAAAUACUUUUUAAAAAAGGAGUGAUAUUUCAUGAUACAGCUAAAUGCAGAAGUUUUACUUGAAUGCAUUUGUCAGUAGUUCAUGGACAAGUAUGCAUUUAUGACAUAUUGGUUCAAAAUAACCGAAAACAAUGUGAAAAACCUGCUUGCUAUAAUGCAUGAAGAGGAAGUGUUUGCAUGCAUUCAAACACAUGGCACUGCCAAGUAGGCUCCAAUAUUGCACUUUUGGGAUGUACCUCGUUCUGCCAACAGUCUUAAAGAAUCAUGGUGCAUCUGAUAAAUAUGACUUGUUCCUUUAUCCUCAUUUUCUUCUCAAGCCAGCAUAUGUGAACCCUGAGCCCAGUGUAACAUAUGUACAUUACUGAGAUAUUACCUGCGCUGAUGUAUAUUUAUAACCUGUAGUCCUGUGCCACACAUCUCCAUUUGCAGUCAGAUUCUUUCUGAUUUUUUUUUUUACGUUCGUAUAUAAUUUUGUUUACUGCAAUUACUUUCUUAAUCCGAGCUCUACUUUUUGCCGACUGGUUUCACAGAGGCAAAACGGAGGCAUCUGUUUCUAUGGCAACAUACCUUUAUGCUAAUUUGUGCACCAAAUCAAAAUGCUUCAAAAAACCAAUAUGCAAAAGACAGAUAACUGAGGUUGUAAGUUUGGCUAAAGGUAUUGGGGAAAGCAAAGGUACUACGUUAAUCCCUUGCUAGUGGAUACAUGUAGACAGCUUGCCAUAAACAGUAACUGCUGCUUUAAGUAUGCCAGAUUUGUGAGUUGUACCGUACAAUGCAAACAGCAAUGCAACACAGAUUUGGCAUGUGUCUGUACAGCACCUCCCACAAAAAUAAUUAAGGUGACAGCUUCUUCUAGCUUGAAAUACCUUACUAAUUCUAUAACUAAUUUUAAGGAAUAGCAAUUCUGCAUGAAGUAUAUCUUGAUGUAAUUCAUGAAGUUUAAAAUAGCAAUGUGAUAUGUCAGAAAUGCUAAGGACAUUUCUGGUAGCACUUAGUUUUGGAUGGAUAUAAAAAAUAUCCCCAUGAAAGGAAAUCCCAUUUAACAUUUUGUCACUUAUUUUGACAUAUAUGAUUGAAAUUAAACAAGGUAAAGAGUCAGAUACUGCACUAUGGUGUGGUGUCGGGACUGCAUAAUCAUGAGGGGUCCAAACAACGCCUUGUGAUAAUGCAGUUUAACCCGAAAUAAACCUGGAAAUCCAGAUUUCUUUCGGGUUUUAAAAAACCUCCAAAGAUCUAGACCUUUUUGUAAGCAAUCCUGCCUCCACGGGCUCAAACAGCCCACAGAGGAGGGAUGACAGUGCCUUCCUCUCCCUCAACUCCCUUUCAGUCUUUAAAACAUUAAAAAUAGUCUCCUCACCAAGCCUGGAGUGUUCCCUUUGCUCUGUUGCACCUCUAUUAUUGAUUUAUUUACAACAUUUAUAUUCGAUCCUUCUCACCCUGAAGGGGACUCAGGGUGGAUCACAGAACCUAUAGAUGGCAAACAUUCAAUGCCAUUGGACAUACAAGACAGACAACAGAUAGAGGCAUUUGUGGCAUUUUCCAAGUUUGGUAUCCUGGAGGUUACACUCGAUUCCAGCCAGAGGGGAUGCUGUUGCUUCAUCCUCUUUGAUGACAAGCCCUUUCCUCCUCCUCCUUUGAUCGCUGGCAUUUCUGGUACUGUAUUUCCUUUUUUAUGGUACCGUAAAAUAUCUCCCUGCUUAAGCGGUGCCUAAUUUAUCUACUCACAGCUACAGCUGUUUUCGAACUAAGGUGGACAGUGAGCUGGGCUGAAGGUCGGGUGCUCACCCCGACCUGGACUUCGAACUGCCAACCUUUCAGGUGGUAAGAUCUAUUGCUGCUGGUGAUUCGCCAGCUGUGCUAAAGCCCAGCCCUACAUAACAUAAUGGAGCGUUUGGGGUUUAUCAUCGUUUUAGAAGCAAAGUGAGAACAUACUGCAAGUCACUUCUAGUGUGUGAGACGUUGCCCAGGGGACGCCUGGAUGUGUUACCAUCCAGCCGGGAGGCUUCUCUCAUGUCCCCACAUGGGAAGCUAGGGCUGACAGACAGGAGCUCACCCCACCUCACAGAUUCAAACUGCCAGCCUUUAGGUCAGCAAUUCAGCUGGCACAAGGGUUUAACCCAUUGCACCACCGCAGCCCAAGCUUUCGAGGUGCCACGGAGCAAAGUAACAAUCCAGGAUCACAAGGUUGUUGUAUGUUUUCCAGGCUGUAUGGCCAUGUUCCAGAAGUAGUCUCUCCUGAUGUUUCGCCCACAUCUAUGGCAGGCAUCCUCAGAGGUUGCUUGCCAUAGAUGUGGGCGAAAUGUCAGGAGAGAAUACUUCUGGAACAUGGCCAUACAGCCCGGAAAACAUACAAUUCUGUGAUCCCAGCCAUGAAAGCCUUUGACAACACAAAUCUGGGAUUGGUAAGGAGCCUAUUUUUUAAUUUUCAAAGGCAGGAAAGGGGGUGAGGGAGGGCAGGAGGCUGGUUGCUAUACUUCUCCCGUGCUGACUGCGAGUCAGCAUGGGUGGGCACAUGGCCACCACUCACCAAAAAGGCAACAUUUUAGCCUGUGCACCAAAUGAGCAGGGAACUGGAUAUUUACCUUGCCAUUUCCUGCACAUUUUCUGCAGUGUGGCAGUGCUUGGGGAUGAGGUAGCAGACUAACUCAAGUACAUGAGGGAAUGAUCCAUUGGUUACAUAUGAGCAGCAGCAGUACUUAGGAACUGCUAGUAUCCUAUAUAACCUUUUACUCAAUGUAACUUUACAUUUACUCAGCUACGUAGCAGAGGCAGCACAUAAACCUUGCUAUUGAAUCACAGAGAUACAUAUCAGAACUAAAGCUAAGAUUGUCUGAUUCGUAUCAGUGCCUGAUGCGCACCAGGACUGAUGUGUGUUGGUCCUCAACAGGCAUCAUAGUAUCCAGCAAAGUAGUAGAGACAGUACCUAAACCUUGCUAUUGAAUCACAGAGAUACAUAUCAGAACAAGGCUAAAAUUGUGUGAUUCGUAUCAGUGCCUGAUGCGCACCAGGAUUGAUGUGUGUUGGUCCUCAACAGGAAUCAUAGAAUCCGGCUAAGUAGUAGAGACAGUACCUAAACCUUGCUAUUGAAUCACAGAGAUACAUAUCAGAACAAGGCUAAAAUUGUGUGAUUCGUAUCAGUGCCUGAUGCGCACCAGGAUUGAUGUGUGUUGGUCCUCAACAGGAAUCAUAGAAUCCGGCUAAGUAGUAGAGACAGUACCUAAAGCUUGCUAUUGAAUCACAGAGAUACAUAUCAGAACAAAGCUAAGAUUGUCUGAUUCGUAUCAGUGCCUGAUGCGCACCAGGACUGAUGUGUAUUGGUCCUCAACAGGCAUCAUAGAAUCCAGCUAAGUAGUAGAGACAGUACCUAAAUCUUGCUAUUGAAUCACAGAGAUACAUAUCAGAUACAAAGGCAAGACUGUCUGGUUUGUAUUGGUGCCUGUUGUGCAUCGGGACUGCUGUGUGUUGUCCUCAACAGGCAUCCGUUCUCUUGUGCAUUGGUCCCACUGUGCAACGGUCACUUUGCCAGCUCUAUUGCACAGUAAUGUAUUAGCAGUCCUCUACUGGAUACAGACAUAAACAAAGAUCCCAAAUGUAAUUCCUAAAUAAGUUCACUUACAUGCAGAAUUCCAGCCUUUGAAGGCAUUCCAACCAUAUCCUUUGCGUUGAUCAUUCUCAAAUUCAGCAGCAUAAGAACAAGAAUAGUGACAGUGUUCAUGGAUAUGGAAACUAAAAGCAGUCCACAAUCUUCUGAUUUUAAAAAAUGUGUAAAACCAAGGCCAGGACCAAGGAGAGCUUGGUUAGGCCCCCAGUAUUCCUCAUCUAAACCAGCUUGUAGAAGGAGCCCACCAAGUGCCAGCUCCUCCCUUAUACACAUCAUAGAAAAGGGCUUCUUGUAUAUAAGAGAAGAUCCUCUGAAAGGCCUAUUUGUAGCACAGAGAAAGAAUUCCAGCCUCCAUGCAAGUAAUAAGGUCACAACCAAAUAUAGUGAUAAUACCACAUCACAAAAGUCAAAACUUUUUCUCUCUCUUUCACUAGUUCUUGCUUUCUGUGCUGGUAUUUUUCCUGUCGCAGACAGUGCCAUAUCUUACAGUGGCAGUAUCAAACUGUUUCCCAGCAAUAAUAAAUUGAUCAGUAAUACAGAUUUGAUUUACAGAAUGUACCUUUUGGAACUGAGUGUGUGUGGAUGUGGAAUGUAUUUUUUAAAACAAAUUUCUAUGCUGUACAUUUCUCCUGAAGCUAAAAAGUGUAUUGUGGGAAGAUGUAGGACAGAGGUGUAUAGUGUACAGAAAUUGGUAUAAUAUUUUCUAGCUGUUUUUGGUGAUUUCAUUAAACUGCUUAACACAGAAUAAUAUUAUAAAGUGUUAGGGGAAAAGCGAAAGAAAAGACCUGCUUGUGCCUUUUACUUUUUUGUUUCUGUUUUUAUCACUGCACUAAAUUAUUUCUGAGAACAUAAUCCUAUUAUGAUAUACAGCAUAAUUGAUUGAGAGGUGAAGGAAUGAAUCAUGUCUAGUCUAAACUGAAUUUUAUUGUUUUCCACAGAGACACUUUAAAGAAUGUGGCUGUAUUGAUUUUUCUUGUACAUUUGUAGUUUUCUUUUUUUUUUAGCUAUAUGAAAAGGCCUGGAAUAUGCAAGUUCUACCACCGAAGCACCUGAUCUAAAUGUAUUCUGUAUGAUACUUCUAGGGCUGCCUUUGAGAGCAAGCUUUAAAAAAUACAUGGUUUGAAGCAUUGCUUAUCCUGGUUAUGCUAAAUACAUUUGAAAAAAGAA